AUGCACUUGAUUCAAAUCCCAGAUCUCUCACACGCUUCAAACUUGGAGAUUCUAACUCUUAAAUACUGUAGAAGCCUACUUAAACUUCCUUCGUCUUUCCAAUACAAUGACAAGCUUAGUUCUCUAAAUCUGAGAUGCUUUUCAAAACUUGAAAAACUUCCAGAGCUAUCUCGGAAUAUCAAAGACUUAGUUUUGAAGGGAUGUGCAGCAAUAAGAGAACUGCCCUCAUCAAUUGAAUCUCUGGACAAACUUAAGUCCUUGGAUCUUCAGAACUAUAAAGACCUUAUAAGUCUUCCAAGGAGCAUAUGUAAUAUGAAGUCCGUCAAAUUUCUCAGUCUAUCUGGCUGCACAUCCAUUGGCACAUUUCCAAAUCUUCCAAGAUUUCUAAGUGAGUUAGAUUUAAGUGGAACAAACAUAAAAGCAGUGCCUUUAUCCAUUGAUCAGCUCGCUGGAAACGAAAUUCCUGAGUGGUUCACCUACCAAUGUAAUGGACCUUCAAUGAUGAAUAUCCAGCUUCCUCUAAAUUGGAAUGAUGCCAACUUUUUAGGUAUUGCUCUAUGUGCUGUUGUAGGAUUUCAGAACUUUACCAGUGAUGGUGGGGAUCUAACUAUCUUAUUCUACUUCUCAUUUAGGGGAAAAAAUUAUGGAUAUGGAUCAAACAUAUUCUGUUGGUCUGUGAAGGGUUGGAAGAUGGAUGAGGACGCAAGAGGAGUUGUGAAUUCAGAUCAUUUGUUCAUGUGGUAUGACCAUGGCAUGUUUGACAAGAUUCGUAAGCAACCUGAAAGCUACUAUUCCUCAUUUUACUUCUUCACACAUAUUGAUCGUUCAACCAUCAAAAAGUGUGGGUUUAGCCUGCUAUAUGCCCAAGAUGCGGAGAGAUUUGGUAUCAUUGAUCAAGAUGGCAGGGAACUAAUAGUGGAAGGGACUCAGAGACAUCGAAAUGCGUUCAAACAGAAUGGUUUUCUACAACAGAAAAGAAGAAGAAGAUGA